AGAAGAGUGACUUUCAACCGAAACGUGCGAACCCAGUAGACGACGAUCCCAGGAAGAAGGAGCCUGGUUGUGAAAUAUGGCUCUGGAAACGGAAAGUGUACAAUCACCGGAAGCCGUCGCCGAAAUGGUGUCCUCGCCCGGUGCGGAUGGGAUUGUAGGUGGCGAUUCUGGCGGAAAAAAGAAAGGUUUUGCUAAAAACAAAAAACAGAAUGUCAAAUCAAAAACACCUCCGGUGGGAGGAGAUAGUAAGGAAACGAUCGGCAACGGUCACGUGGAACAGAACGGGCUGAAUGGACAUCUUAGCUCGGAGGAGUCGGAUCCGGCGACUACUACCGUAAACGAUGCAGAUGCGGAUGAGAAAAAUGGUGCUGGUGUUGCAGGUGGCGGAGCACCGUCGGAAGCAUCAGCUACCGGCGAUGAUGAUGUGAUGAAGCUAAUGCAGGAGACCGGCUUCACGGUGCAGGUUCUUUCGCCCGGUGUAGAACCAUUGUCGAUACAGGUGUCGAGCAUGGAGCUGGUGCAGGAGAUACACCAGCUGCUGAUGGACCGUGAAGACACUUGCCACCGGACCUGCUUUUCACUGCAACUCGAUGGUCGCACGUUGGAUAAUUUUGCCGAGCUUAAAAACAUCGAUGGACUGCAGGAAGGUUCGGUAAUUCGGGUGGUCGAAGAACCGUACACAAUGCGUGAGGCGCGUAUUCAUGUGCGUCACGUGCGCGAUCUUCUAAAAUCGCUCGACCCGGCGGAUGCGUAUAACGGGGUGGACUGUAGUUCACUUACCUUCCUGCAUACGAUCACGAUGGGUGACAUUAUGGAGAAGAAAAAGACACGCCAAGAAAGUGUGGACUGUACACCGCCCGAUUUUAUCAUGCCGGGUGCGAAAGAGCGUCCGUUGCUUCCACUACAACCAGGAUCGGGCAAAAAGGGCAAUCCACAGCCGCUGAAGGUGUUAACAACGUCGGCCUGGAAUCCACCGCCUGGGCCACGCAAACUGCACGGUGACCUGAUGUAUCUGUACGUCGUGACGAUGGAAGACAAGCGGCUACACAUUUCCGCCUGUUCGCGUGGAUUCUACGUCAAUCAGUCGACAGACGACACAUUCAAUCCGCAACCGGCUAACCCGAGCUACCUCUCACACUCGCUGAUCGAUCUGUUAUCGCAGAUAUCGGCCACCUUCCGGCGAUGCUUCUCUCAGAUGCAAAAGAAACGCACCCAGCGGCAUCCGUUUGAGCGUGUGGCGACACCGUACCAGGUCUACACAUGGACCGCUCCCGCAUUGGAGCACACGAUCGAUGCCAUCCGAGCGGAGGACACGUUCUCGUCGAAACUUGGCUACGAAGAGCACAUCCCAGGCCAGACACGCGACUGGAACGAAGAGCUACAGACAACGCGGGAACUGCCGCGAGCAACGCUGCCCGAACGUUUGCUGCGCGAGCGAGCCAUUUUCAAGGUGCAUAGCGAUUUCGUAACGGCAGCAACACGUGGCGCGAUGGCCGUUAUCGAUGGCAACGUAAUGCCGAUCAAUCCGGGCGAGGACGCGAAAACGCAGAUGUUUAUUUGGAAUAAUAUCUUUUUCUCGCUCGGGUUUGAUGUGCGCGAUCAUUACAAGGAGCUCGGCGGAGAUGCGGCUGCCUUUGUGGCACCACGCAACGAUCUGCACGGUGUGCGUGUGUAUAGUGCGGUGGACGUCGAAGGACUCUACACGCUCGGUACGGUAGUGAUCGAUUACCGUGGCUAUCGCGUCACGGCACAGUCCAUUAUACCGGGCAUUUUGGAGCGUGAGCAAGACCAAUCAGUUGUGUAUGGAUCGAUCGACUUCGGAAAGACCGUUCUUUCGCAUCCGAAGUAUCUCGAGCUGUUGAAUGCUGCCGGUAAACAUCUGCGAAUUCAACCACACAGCGUUUACAACGAUAAGCAGGAAGCGAUCGAACUGUGCUCGUCGGUAGAAUGUAAGGGUAUUAUCGGUAACGAUGGUAGGCACUAUAUUCUCGAUUUGCUCCGUACCUUCCCACCGGAUGUCAAUUUUCUCGUAUUGCCGGACGAAGAGGAAGCGGUUGGAAGCGAUAGCAAAGCGAUGGGCUUCCCGAUUGAACACCGGCACAAGCUGUGCUGUCUUCGGCAGGAAUUGUUGGAAGCAUUCGUAGAGAAUCGCUAUCUGAUGUUCAUGAAGCUGGCCGCCGUACAGUUGCAGCAGUGUGUUAAAAAGAAACAGGAACAAAAGGCAGGCGCUGCACAGAAGACGUCUUCCGAUGAGUCGAAACCAGCGGCAGCGAUUGAAGCGGCGGCGGUGGAGGGCGAAAAGGAGGAAGCCAAGGAGAUUUCAAAGGAUGCUAAGGAUGUGAAAGAAACGGCAACGUCUCGUCCCAUCCCGAAGGCGGACACGGAAGAUGCAAAGAAGUUGGUCGAGUCGCUUAUUUCAAGCGAUCAGAUGAACGAAAGUAAGGAAGUGGUGAAGCGCGUGUGCGAAGCAGUUGGUUCGCUGAAGGAAUAUGAAUUUGACAUUCGUUUCAAUCCGGACGUUUACUCACCCGGCAUCCGACACGUGGACGAUGAUCCGAAUGCAGCCCGCUCGUUGCGUCGCCAGAAGCAGCUGGUGAAGGAUGCGGCCGUGUUUUUGGUAAAGCACCAAAUUCCGAGCUUCGUGCACGAGUGUCUUGACCAUUCGUCCGCCCCGAUGGAUGGUGUUACGCUGACCGAACUGCUGCACAAUCGUGGUAUUAACGUGCGCUACCUCGGCAAGGUAGUGGAUCAGCUGGCAAAGAUAAAACAGCUCGAGUACUUGCAUACGAUCGCCGUGUCGGAGUUGAUUGUGCGCGGUGCGAAGCAUAUCUUCACUGCGUAUCUGCAGCAAACGGAUGUUAUGAGUAUGGCGGCCGCGAUCAGCCACUUCCUGAACUGCUUCCUAACCGUGUCGACCGGUGGUUACCAACCCGUCGCGAACGGUAAUGGUGGCGAUGUCGAUGGACAGCUGGCGGAUGAGUUUGGUCCGAAAUCGUCCUCUUCGGGGGGUGGCAAGAAGCAAAGCAAACAGAGCAAACGUGGUGGCAAAGGAAGUGGUGGAAAUGGUAGUGGUGGUGGUAGUAGCAGAAAAACUACAUUUUCGUCUCCUUUGUCCGAUAAUAGUGAAUGGCAGUCGCUGACGUCGAAGUCGCUGUGGUCACAGAUCCGACAGGAGCUGAAAGCGUACUGGGAUUUUGAAUUGACAGUUGAGCCUUCUAAGGAGGGUAAAGCAGCCACCCAAAUUGACUCGAUUGAACCGCUGAUAGGUGCAUUCAAAUUACAGAAGAUAAGCUUGUUGCGUGCGUUCUGUUUGAAGACGGGCGUACAGAUUAUGCUGCAAGAGUACGCCUUUGAUCAGCGCAAUAGACCCACGUUUACCGAUGCGGAUAUUGUGAAUGUGUUCCCGGUUGUGAAACACAUCAAUCCACGCGCGUCUGAUGCGUACAACUUCUACACGACUGGCCAGACAAAGAUUCAGCAGGGUUACUUUCAAGAUGGAUACGGACUGAUUAGCGAGGCGCUUAACCUGCUGAACAACGUGUACGGUGCGAUGCAUCCGGAGAAUGCUCAGUGCUUGCGCAUGUUGGCCCGGUUGAGCUACAUCAUGGGAGAUCCACAGGAAGCGCUUGCCAUUCAGCAGCGUGCCGUACUGAUGAGCGAACGUGUGAAUGGUGUCGAUCAUCCGUAUACGAUUUCGGAAUAUGCCCAUCUUGCAUUGUACUGCUUUGCUAACAGUCAAAUUAGUACCGCACUCAAGUUGCUAUACCGUGCCCGAUAUCUGGCGACUAUCGUGUGUGGUGAAAAUCAUCCAGAUAUUGCCCUUAUGGAUAGCAAUAUCAGUCUGAUCCUUCACGCUGUCGGAGAGUAUGAACUAUCGCUUCGCUUUUUGGAGCACGCUCUCGCUUUGAACAUUCGAUACUAUGGCGAAAAGUCUCUGAAGGUGGCCGUCAGCUAUCAUCUGGUGGCCCGAACGCAAAGCUGCAUGGGAGACUUCCGAUCGGCGCUGGUCAAUGAGAAGGAAACGUAUGCGAUUUACAAGCAACAGCUCGGCGAGAGCCACGAAAAGACGCAAGAAUCUUCCGAAUGUCUACGCCACCUGACACAGCAAGCGGUUGUGCUGCAGAAGAAGAUGAACUUUGCCAACGGAAAGUUGCUGAGCACUGGCUUACCGCCGAUCCACAUACAACCACCGUCGAUGGGCUCGGUGCUGGACAUGCUGAACGCAAUCAAUGGUAUCAUUUUUGUACAAAUUAGCUCCAAAGAAAUUGCCAACUUCAAGAAUGAAAUUGAAAAGCGCCAAAAAGAGGCUGGCCAAAGUCAACCGCAGCAACCGGCAUCGGUCCAGGCCAACCAGGAGGAGGUCGAUCGUAUGCUAAUGGAAACGAUGCAAAAAACGGCCGCCGGUAUACCGUUCGAUGAACAGGACGGUGACAAGAAGGAAAGCGCAGUAGUAUCUGAGGAGUCCACGAAAUCGGUUGAAGUGGCGUCGAGUUGAA